AUGGCGCGGUUCCUCUCCAAGAAGCUUAAAGAGACGCACUUGGGACCUCUCAACUCCUUCUCGCGUUCCCCAUCUACAUCUACAAUUACAGGAGACUCCAAAGACGAAAAGGCCGGCUUGGCUAGCAGUGCGAGCAGCUCGAACCUCAAUGACAAUGGCAUUGCUGCGUCGGAGGCCAUAGCCACCCAACCGCCUGCUCAACCAAGGCCUGGUAUCCUGAUUGUUACGUUGCACGAAGGCCAAAACUUUUCACUGCCCGACCAAUACAAGAACGUCAUCAACACACAUACUGCUGGUUCCUUGUCACAAGGAAAUGGUUUUGGGGUAGCAGGAUCAGUCAGACCAGGCUCAUCACAACAAGCCGGCAGUGUUGCAGGAUCAUAUGCCGGUAGCACGCGGCCACAGACUUCAGGGGGUGGAUUCAGCAACGUGCCUACGAACCACGGCCGCAUAUCGUCCAAAUACCUUCCCUAUGCUCUCCUGGAUUUUGAUAAGCUGCAAGUGUUCGUUAAUGCUGUGGCAGGAUCUCCUGAGAACCCUCUAUGGGCUGGAGACAACACACAAUACAAGUUUGAUGUCUCACGAGUGACGGAACUUGCUGUCCACCUCUACCUGCGCAACCCCAACGCCCCCCCAGGCUCUGGCCGCACCACAGAUAUCUUCCUGGGUGUAGCACGAAUUAACCCAAGAUUCGACGAAGCCCACAAGUAUCUCGAGGACCCCAAGCUAAACAAGAAGGAUAAGGAGAAAGCUUUCGCGGAAUGGCAAGCAAAGGAGCAGAAUCUGGGCCAAUCAGGGCCUGAAUGGUUGGAUGUUCAGUACGGUACUGGAAAGAUCAGAAUCGGCGUCGAGUACAUCGAGAACCGUUCACGAUCGUUAAAAAUCGAGGAUUUCGAUUUGCUCAAGGUGGUUGGAAAGGGAAGUUUUGGAAAAGUUAUGCAGGUCAAGAAGAAGGAUACCCAGCGAAUUUACGCCCUGAAAACGAUUCGAAAAGCCCACAUCAUUUCUAGAUCCGAAGUCGCACAUACCCUAGCUGAACGUUCAGUUCUCUCCCAGAUCAACAAUCCCUUCAUCGUACCCCUGAAAUUCACUUUUCAAUCGCCAGAGAAGCUGUACUUCGUCCUAGCGUUCGUCAAUGGAGGCGAGUUGUUCCACCAUCUGCAGAAGGAGCAGCGAUUCGAUAUCAACCGAUCAAGAUUCUACACCGCAGAGCUGCUGUGUGCUUUGGAGUGUUUGCAUGGUUUCAACGUCAUUUACCGUGACUUGAAGCCCGAGAACAUUCUCUUGGACUACUCUGGUCACAUCGCUCUCUGCGAUUUCGGUCUUUGUAAGCUGGACAUGAAAGACGAGGACCGUACCAACACCUUCUGCGGCACACCGGAAUAUUUGGCACCAGAAUUGCUCUUGGGACAGGGGUAUACCAAGACAGUCGAUUGGUGGACUUUGGGUGUUUUGCUCUACGAGAUGUUGACCGGUCUUCCGCCUUUCUACGAUGAGAACACCAACGAGAUGUAUCGCAAGAUCUUGUCUGAGCCAUUGCACUUCCCCAGCGCCGAAGUUGUACCUCCAUCGGCCAAGGACCUGCUCACUAAACUUCUCAACCGCAAGCCUGAUCAGCGAUUGGGUGCCAAUGGUGCUGCUGAGAUCAAAGCUCAUCCCUUCUUCCACAGCAUUGACUGGCGUAAGCUACUUCAGAGAAAGUACGAGCCUACUUUCAAGCCUAAUGUGAAAGACGGACUUGACACUGAGAACUUCGACAAGGAGUUCACCAACGAAGCGCCGGCAGACUCGUACGUUGAGGGCGCUGCUCUCACGGACGAUCAACAAGCUCCUUUCCAGGGUUUCAGUUACAACCGCCCGGUCGCAGGUCUCAACGAUGCAGGAGGUAGUCUUAGAGAUCCCUCAUUCCAAGGCAGCGUGCGGGAUAGGUGA